GAAGUUGAUGUCCAUUUUUCUCAGUCUGCAUCAAAUGCAAAGCAGCACAAGGAUGUUGAGGUGUGUCGUGGUCCCCUCUCAUUGGAAGAAAUCAAAACCAGUGAACUAGAAAUAAUCAAGUUCUGUCAGAUACAAAAGUACGCGGAAGAGUUUUCUUGCCUUCAGAGGAGAGAGAGUGUGAAAGGAAACAGUCACAUAUACAGGCUCAAUCCGAUACUGGAGGAUGGCGUUUUGAGAGUUGGAGGUCGGCUUAGUAAGGUGGCUAUGCCUGAAGAGUCUAAACACCCAGCUAUCAUAGCUAAAGAGCUUCACAUCUCAGACCUCAUCAUACGCCACAUUCAUCAAGAGGUCGGCCAUGGUGGCAGGAACCAUGUGCUGUCGAGGCUACGUCAACGCUAUUGGAUUCCUGCUGCGGGUGUUGCCAUAAGAAGGAUUUUAUCCAAAUGUGUUGUCUGUCGCAGGCUACAUGGAGCCACUGGUCAACAGCAAAUGGCAGACUUGCCUGUCGACAGGGUUUCACCAGAUGAACCUCCCUUCAGUUACGUCGGGGUAGACUAUUUUGGACCUUUUGACAUCAAGCGUGGAAGGAGUCUUGUCAAACGAUAUGGAGUCAUCUUCACCUGUUUGGUGAUAAGAGCAGUGCACAUUGAAGUUGCUUCAUCUUUAGACACAGAUUCUUUCAUUAAUGCCUUGCGACGCUUCAUCGCAAGAAGAGGACAGGUUAAGGAGCUCCGCUCAGACAAUGGCACUAAUUUCAUUGGUGCAGAGCGUGAGUUGAAACGAGCCAUUGACGGAUGGAACCUGGAACAGAUCAACGACACACUCUCAUUGAAAGGAAUCAAGUGGACCUUUAAUCCUCCUACCGGAUCACACCAUGGUGGAGCAUGGGAGAGGUUGAUUCGUUCCAUUAGAGGGGUUCUUAAUGCCACUUUGAGAGCACAAAGUUUGGAUGAGGAGGGACUCCAGACAGUCCUCUGUGAGGUUGAGUCUAUUCUCAAUAGCAGACCCCUUACCAAGGAAUCCACUGACCUAAAUGAUUUGGAAGCACUGACACCCAACCAUCUUCUACUUCUCAAAACCAAGCCCUGUUUACCACCUGGUCUGUUUCACAAGGAGGACAGUUAUGCACGUCGCAGAUGGAAGCAGGUCCAAUAUAUUUCUGAUUUGUUUUGGAAAAGGUGGACUAAGGAGUAUUUGCCACAACUACAGGAAUGCCAGAAGUGGACAAAGGUCAAGAGGAACUUCAUUCUCGGGGAUAUCGUGCUAAUAGUGGACGAUUCCGCUCCUCGGAAUUCCUGGGUCAUUGGAAGAGUCACUGAGGCGGUGCCAGACAGAAGAGGAUUAGUGCGGCAGGUCAAAAUUAAGACCCAGACCAGCGUUCUUAGUAGACCUGUGACCAAGAUCUGUCUUCUUCAGGAGUCGGAACAGUGUUGAAGGCUGUUUUGACUUGUUUGACUUAGAC